AUGGAUCAGAAAGAAAAUCGAACACCUAAUAUUUCAUCCAUAAAGCAAACAUUUUCAUAUCUUCCUGGAUUUGAAGACAUCUCAGAAAAUGACAUUUCUAAUUGGUUAGAUAUGGACAAACACGAUGUAGGAUAUGAUAUUUUACCAGACGACGAAUUAAUUAACCACGUUUUAAAGCCUUUAGAAGCCAAUGAUCAUGAAGAUUGUGAAGAUGACUUACCUGAUAAUCCGGAAGGUAGCAUUAGCCAUGGGGAAGCUGAGGAUAUGGUAACACAAAUUAUACAAUGGUACGAAAAUCAAGAGGAAGCAUAA